GAGGAGGAACAUUCUCCGAGUGGACCCGUCGGAGCGACAUGGCGGUCCCACAGUUUCUCUCUACGGCGGAGUUGGUCAAACAAGGAGCGGAAGCUCGCUUGUAUCGGGCAGCGUUCUUAGGAAAGCCGACAAUAAUCAAAGAAAGGUUUCCUAAACUCUACCGACAUCCAGAGCUGCACGACAAGCUGAACUCUCGCAGAACAGCUCAUGAGGUCCGCUCCAUCCUGCGCUGCAGAAAAGCAGGUAUUCCGGCUCCAGCUGUCUACUUCGUGGACUACAAGUACCACUGCAUCUUCUUGGAGGAAAUUGUUGGCUCCUCAACUCUGCGUGACCACAUCAACUCCGUUCAGCGGCGCGACUCCUGCGCAGACCGAGGUCUGCACGAGCUAGCCGAGCGAGUCGGUCGGAUCUUAGCCAAAAUGCACGACGAGAACGUCAUCCACGGCGACCUGACCACCUCCAACAUGCUGCUGAGGCGCGGGCCAGAGGCCACGGAACCGGAGCUCGUCUUCAUCGACUUCGGCCUGAGUUACAUUUCGGCUUUGCCCGAGGACAAGGGCGUGGAUCUGUUUGUCCUGGAGAAGGCUUUUCUCAGUACUCACCCCGACACAGACGUGCUGUUUGAGAAGCUGCUAAAGAGCUACGCUGCCACUUCCAAGAUGUCGGCGGCAGUCAUCAAAAAGCUUGACGAGGUACGGCUGAGAGGGAGGAAGAGGUCCAUGGUGGGGUGAUCAUGAGGUGGACGGACGAACACUUACUUUGAGGUUCAGACGAGUGGUCAACGAUUGGACAGGGUGAAGUUAUUAAUCUGUAUGAUGUUGUGCUAUAAAUGAAAUAAACAGACUUAUUAAUAAAAUGUUGCAAGUUA